AUGUAUAUUGAAUCAUUAGAGAAUGAUGAUUAUAGUGAUAAGGAUGAUGGAACUUUCUUAGGGAAAUUCCGUAAUUCAUUUCUUGAGAUUUCAACUUAUCAAUUGCAUAAACACAAAUAGAAACAGAAAUAAAUAGGAGCAGCUACUGAUUUCAAAUAAGGAUGUAGACAAUUAUUGACAUUCUAUUUAUAAUAAAAGACUCCACUUCCUGAAUUAAUUUAUGCUUUGAAAAUUAAUAGGAAACCAAGAUCCUCUCAUGAAGUUGUUGAUUUAACUAUAACACCUAACAAAAAGUUCUAUUGUUAAUUGGUUAGUGAAGAAGUUUUGAUGAAUUUAGGUAUUGAUAUCAAUUACUAAUAUUAACUUGAUUAAAAUACAAGUUAAUAGACUUUUGAUUUUAUUUUGGAGGAAAUUCUCUAAUAAUUAGUAGAACGAUAAUGGUUGUAAAUGUUAUCUCAACCUAAAGUAAUUUAAGCUGUGUUGGAGAUGACAUUAGAAUAUAUUGCUUUUAUGAAAGAAAGAGUUUAAGUAAUUUUGUAGGAUCCAUGUGUAAUUGAAUUUAUUGAUUAGUUGAGAUUAUUAUUGGAUGAAAAGGAAAGGAAAAAAGUAGUAUGUAAUGAUGUCAUAAAGGAAACAUAUUAAAUUCUUAUUAAAUUGAUGGAUUGUAUGAGAGAUCCUGAAAUAUUUGAAUAAUAAAAGAACGAUCUUUAUAAAGUGAAAUCAGAACAUAUUCAUUAAAGAAAAAAGAGAAAAUAAAAUAGAGAAUAUAAAUAUAGUUUAGAAAUCAAUUUCUGGAAGUAACGUUCUAAAAUACCAGCUUAUUACAUAUAUGUAAAUAAGAUUGCUAUGCCAGAAAUCAUUUACUCUAUUAAAAUUGAUAGACCAGAACGAAAGAAUUUCCCAAACAAAAUUAAAUUAAGAUUAUAUACUACAGAAAAAACUAUUGAAGCCUUAUAUAAUCAAUCUACAACUAAAGAUUUUAUGGAAUCUUUUUACAUGAAAGAUGUGGUUCCUAAUUAAACACUUAAAUAUCUUGAUAGGAUCAAAGCAAAACGUUAUUUUGAUGAUGAAAGAGUUGAUGAUAUUUAUGCUACCAAUCUUAUCAAUGGUUGUAUUGAUUCAAUCUAUGAAUAAGCACAAAAAGAUGUAGACAUCAUGGAUAGAUUACAUGAUUGUAUCACUUCUCCUUGUGGUGGAUUUUUAAUUGUCAAAUUGCAUCAUUUACUUAAAUAAGAAGAUCUUUCACCCAGAGACAUUGUAGAAGAUUUGACACAACGUAUUGAUAAACUGAAAGAAUUACUCAAAGGAUAUAAAAGAUCAGUUCCAUUGCCUAUUAAUCCUGAUGAAUAUAUCCCAGAAUUAAAAAUGGAAUGA